UGACAGCCGUGAUUUAAUGGCUGUCCUGUCAACUGUCAACCUUUGUCAUCGAACGAGAUGUCUGAAUAAGAGUUAUUGGACUAUCAUGUUUAAAUUAUUUAUUGCAAGAAUACUGGUAUAUGAGUUGCUCGUAUGUUAUGUCGUAGUCGAUGGCAAGAUUCAUGGAAGAUAUACAAAAUCUCUCACGAACUUCCAUUUAGCAAUCCCGCAUAAGUUAACAGCAGAAGGUGAAUUUUCGAGUUUCCACUUACCCCAUUUUCAUGAUCAUAAACUAGAACGUUAUAAGGAUCGAAAGAAACGUUGGAUGGACGAUCCAGAAUUAGUGCAUUAUGGGCUUUCAAUUGGGAAUCAACAAUACCACCUUGAACUUUGGCCAAAUAGGGACUUUAUUCACCCUAAUAUGGUAAUAGAAAAGCGUGAUCCCACGAUUUCAGUUAACAACAGAUACGUGAGAACUUUAAAGGGGAAAAAGUCCUGCCAUUAUACGGGAAGAAUACGUGGGAUUAAAAACUCAAAAGCAGCAAUUUCGACGUGUGAUGGAUUGGCAGGUUACAUAUUAAUCGGAAACAAUAAAUACUUUAUAGAACCUGUUGAUAAUCAUACACCUAAUGCUCGUGGACACCAUCUUCAUGUUGUACAUACGAGAGCCACGAGGGACGAUAAAGGUACUUGUGGUGUAAAAGAUUCAUGGGAGGAUGCUAUGAGAAGGCGAAUAAGGGAAGAACUCUUAGAUGGCAAUGAUGUAUUUAAAACAAAACGUGAUACUACAAAUAUGGAUAAAUUUAUAGAAGUAGCAGUGGUUUGUGACAAGCACUUUUUAAAAUUCCAUCAAGGAAGAGAUGUGGAACUUUACGUAAUGACAAUCAUGAAUAUGGUAGCUGAUUUUUAUCAUGACGCAUCUCUAGGUCAUCAGAUAGACGUUGUUGUUGUCAGAAUAAUAUAUCUUGAAAAGGAAGAAGAGGAGAUUGAUUUGGAAAUAUCACAAGAUGCAGCAAAAACCCUUAGAAGCUUCUGUGAUUGGGCAAUCAAGCUGAACACCCCUUUGGACAGUCCUAAUCAUUUUGAUAUGGCACUAUUACUAACCAGAUACGAUCUCUGUGCAAAUGCUGCAGAAGAUUGCGGACUCACAGGCUUGGCUUAUGUUGGAGGAGCAUGUUCUAAGGAUGAGCAAUGUGGUAUUAAUGAAGAUAAUGGGCUGGGCUUAAGUGUUAUUGUUGCACAUGAAAUGGGUCAUUUAAUGGGAGCAGAACAUGAUGAAGAAGAUAGCCCUUGUGCCUCUCAGGAUCAGGAUGGUUCAAAUUUUGUUAUGUCACCAUAUGUUAAUGCUUAUACUAUAAGAUGGUCAACUUGCAGUAGAAGUAUGGUUACGGCUCUAGUUGAGAGCAACCUAGCAGAGUGCCUUUAUGAUCAACCUGAUACUACUUUAUAUCCUUAUUCAGAUAAUUUACCAGGGGUAGUGUAUGAUGCUAAUGAGCAGUGCAAAUUUGAAAUCCCAGCAGCAGUGGGAGUGUGUAAUGGGCUUAAGGAAAAAAUAUGCGAAAAUCUCAUUUGUAAAUUAAAUAAAAUAGAGUGUGUGGGAAAAGAUCAAGUUCCUGCUGAUGGAACCAAGUGUGCUGAGAAUAAGUGGUGCUUUAAGAAAAAGUGUAUAGAAAUGGGUGCAAGACCAGAAGCGAUACAUGGGGGCUGGGGUGAUUAUGGUCCAUGGUCAGCAUGUACCAGAACCUGUGGUGGAGGUAUUUCGUUUGCAGAGAGAGAAUGCAAUAAUCCAUCGCCCGCAAACAGAGGACGAUACUGCAGUGGAGAGAGAAAAAAGCUUAAGAUAUGUAACUUACAACCCUGUCCAGAAAACGAUGCAACUUUCAGGCAACAGCAAUGUACAGAGCAAAAUACUAAACCAUGGAACGGACAAUAUCAUAAGUGGAAGGCCAGCCUUAAAGAAACGGAACCUUGUGCACUAUAUUGUCUGAAUGAGGAAAUGGCACUUAGUAAGCUUGAAAAUGUCGUAAAAGAUGGAACGCCAUGUAAGCAUGGUACAAGAAACAUGUGCAUUUCUGGAGCAUGCAAAGCUGUAGGUUGUGACGAUAAGCUAGAUUCAGAAGCCGUUGAAGAUAGAUGUGGUGUUUGCAAUGGAGAUGGAACGCAAUGUAAAAUUGUUGAAGAAACUUACAAGGAAAUUGGACAAGGUUAUACAAAAGUCGUAGUAAUACCAUCAGGUGCUAGAAAGGUUGUAAUAGAAGAACUAAAGCCAUCUGGAAACAUUAUAGCCAUUUCUGACAGCAGCGAAUCAAAAUUUUAUUUAAAUGGUGAUAAUACAGAGCAACUUGACAACGAGUACAAGAUUGGCAAACAAAUUGGCAUUUAUACGCACAUCGAGCCAAAAAAAGAAAAACUAAUUAUUAAUGGACCUCUUAAAGAAGAUUUGGUAUUUUUUGUUGACUUUUUUGAGGAAGUGAAUCCAGGAUAUUUGUAUCACUGGGCAGAGCCAGCAAUAGAUUCAAACUACGAGCCCCAUUAUCAUUGGGAAGCAGGUGAGUUUGAAGAGUGCUCUGAUGCUUGUGAUGGAGGUACUCAAAAGGCUGUUUUAUCAUGCAUGGAAGAUACAGCAGGAAAAGUUAGUGCUAACUUUUGUGCGGGCAUUGAUAAACCUAAAGAUAUUAUUAAGAACUGUAAUGAGGAACCAUGCAAAAUAUCGUGGAAAAUAGGUUCCUGGGGAAAAUGUCGAGCUUGCAAAGGAAAAGGUGGCGUACGAGUAAGGGUAGUUGAAUGUAUUAAGCAAAAUCGAAAACCUGGUUCUGAUGGUAUCCUUGUAGAGGAUUGUAACUGCCACGAUACAAGACCUGGAGCAGUAGAACUAUGUGAAGCUACUGAUAAAUGUGGGAAAAAACGAAUGGCAUCAUAUAUACCGGGACAAUUUCAAGAAAGUAUCUAUCAGCAAAUGUUUCCACAAAAAUUGGAUAGAGUAGUAAGAAAGGAUUCUGAUGAUGAAGAAGAGCCACAAGCAAACAAAGACAAAGAAGUACUAGCAGAAGUAGAUAAAAACGCAACAAACUCAUCUCUUAAAGAAAGAGUUGGGCACUUAGUUCAUGAUUUUAAGCCAAUAGAAGAUCAAAUAUUAGUUAAAUAUACUCUAAGGCCUAACCCAUUGCAGUAUAACUUAUCAGAUAAGGCGUAUGCGCAAAUGGGUGAUGUAAUAGGUGAUAUUAUUGAUACCGAAAAUAAAAUAGUUUUCACAGGGAAAGCAGCAGCAUUAUUAGAGCACGGGUUAGAGCAUGUUAGUAAUACCACAGUAAAAGUAAAGUGUGAGGAAGUAGAAACAUUAAAUAAAAAUGAGACUGAAAAUGAUCUUGAGGAUAAUACAGUAGAAGAAGAAACUAAAGAAUUUGAAAAUACAGAGGAGAGUGAAGCAGCAUCACUAGAACCCGAGGCCGAAGUAACCACAGGAGAAAUAUCUGAAAAACCAGUAAAUGAAUCCGAAGUAGAAGUUGGUGAAAAGAAACAAGUAGAACAAGAAAGUAAAGAAUUUGAAAACACAGAAGAGGAUGAAGUAACAUCAUUAGAACCCGAGGCCGAGGAAUCCACUGAAAAAAAUGUUAAUGAAGAGGUAUCUGAGAAACUAGUAAAUGAAUCAAAAGUUGAAGUUGGUGAAACGGAACAAGUAGAACAAGAAAGUAAAGAAUUUGAAAGUACAGAGGAGGGUGAAGCAGCGUCACCAGAACCCGAGGCCGAAGUAACCACAAAAGAUAAUAUUAAAGGAGAAAUAUCUGGGGAACCAAUAAAUGAAUCCGAAGUAGAAGUCGGUGAAGAAACUACUAAUAAUAUUCAAGAUACUUUGGAAUCACUUGAACCCCCAGAAAUAACGUCUGAAACAGAAUCAGAAAAUUAUAUUUCGAACACAGCUGAACCUCAAGAAGUAACUAAUUUUUCUGAGUCCUUAGAAGCAAGAGAAACGUCGCUGGGUAGUGAGCACGAGAGUUCAGAAGAUAAUGAAGCUUCCGAAGUAAAUAAAAGUGCCUCUGAACUCUUAGAAGAAAGUGGCGAAUCAUUAAAGAGCGUUGAAGAAACAUCACAAUUUGCAGUAGAGGAAACAGGUGAAGAAACUUCCUCCACGAUAGAAGAUAAUUCUUCGGAAAAUAUUAGUGAAGAGCCUACUGAUAGCGUAGCUCAAGAGAGCAUAUUGGAUAAUAAUGAAGAAACAUCAACAUCUGUAGCCAAUUUACCGGAAAUUGUUGAAAAUGGUGAAACAUCUGAAGAGCCACAAGAAGAUACAAGUUUAACAAGUAGUGAAUCUGUUGAUAAUGAACCUGCAGCAGGUAUUGCUUCUUCAGAGGAUGCUAAAGAAACAGUAGAACCUUCAGAAGGGGAUGAAGCUUCUAAGAUAGAAGGUGAGGCUGCAGAAAGCAGUGAAGCAGCAGAGUCUAAGUCCCGCGAAGCUAAUGAAGUCGAAGGUUCGGAAGAAAGUAUAGCAGCCUCUGAAGGUACAGAAGAAAUAUCAAGGGCUGUAGAUAAAAGUGAUGAUUCCAAAGAUAAAGAAGAAAGUGAGUCAAAGGGAGCAGAAGAAAAUGCAGCUUCAGAAGAAAGUGCCGCGGGGGAAGAAGUAAUGACAACUAAUGUGCAGGAAGGCGAGUCCAGAGAAACUGCCACUGAACUAGCAGAAACACCUGCUCCAGAAUCUAGAUAAUAUUGAUUUUACUAAGAAAUAAACCCAAACAGAUUUUUUUGUAUACUCUAUUAAUAUUUUAGGAUAUUUUUAACAUGUUUUAUUAGUGUUAAGUUAUAUGUAUCUGAAGACUUGAAUAAAAAAUAAAUAUAUAUUAUAUUCGUGAA